AUGCUUCCGCCGCCGCGAGACCUGCUCCUUCAUGGAGCAAUUCGGACCCCCACCUCUCGUCGGAGUAGCCCCGGCAGCCAGCAUCACUCCGUCGGCUACGGCUCGGGCUACGUCACCCCGUCCACGCCCGCCCCCACCCAGUCCCUCGCCGCGCAGGCUGUGGACCUGGAGCUGACGCACUUUUACCUCACCCAUACGUACAAGACGCUCUGGGGCCGGCCUGAAGUGCAUCCCAUCUGGCGCGACGUCGUCUUCUUCGACGCUAUCCGCCACCCCUUUUUACUCAACGGCCUCUUGGCUGUGGCUGCGAUGCACAAAAUCAUCACCUGCGGCGAUCCGGACGGGACGUACGCCUCAGCUGCCCUGCGCAAGCAGACGGCGGCGCUGGAAGGCUUCGUGCCCUUGCUGCACGACAUGACGCCCGAGGCUGCCGAGGUAGCUUUUCCCAUGUCUAUUCUCGUAUCCUAUUGGGCUUUUGCGUCUAGGAACCUACCUCCGGAGUUGAGCAUCCUCUCGGCGACCGAGGAUCUGCUCCCAACGGCCUUUGCAGACCAGCACACCAAUUCCUCUACUGCCAGUCCCGCCGCGACGCCCACGGCCGCGCCGGAGUCCGUCCUCACUCAGUUCCUCGAACUCGCGCGGAGAGUACGCCCCACCCACGCCGUGCACAGCUCCGCGCGGGAGACGCUCCUCCGGAGCAAGCUCAGCCCGCUCAUGAAGGUGCCGGACCCCAGCGAGCUCCCCGAGCUCGACGAGGACACGCGGCGGGCCCUGGCGCGACUGCACGAGCGGGUCGACCCCUUGCUGGGCCCCAUCUGGGACGCGGGGGCCAAGCCCGAGUUCCUCGCCCUGGACAACCUGUACCGCGUGAUGCUGUGGCCGCAGUGGGGGAGCUGCUGCUCGCGUGGCCGGUGCGCGUGUCGGAGGGGUUCCUAG